CUUGAUUCUUCCACCUCCACCUUGGUAAAGUGAAGAACAAUCCUUCAGAAACGUACCAGCAUUUUCAAAUGGGCUCUCAGUCUUACGAAGGCAAACAGCACCACGAAGAUGCAUCCAGCUCCGUCUCGACCAAGUCGAACGCAGUGGGUGGCAAGCCUCGUGGUGCCAACGUACUCGAAGACGGCGACGGCGACUUUGACAGCGGCGACGAUGACGAGGACGGCAAUGGAAAGGAUCCAACCAUGGCCAUGGUAACUGGUACCCAAGAAGGCCAGAAUGAAAACCCCAAGAAUAAGAAGAAGAAAAAGCGUAGCAACAAGAAGAAAAAGAAGACUGGUGCUAGCGCCCCUGGUCAGCAAUCUUUCCCUCCUCGUGUUCCUCUUUCUCAGCUCUUCCCGGAUGGCAAGUAUCCACCGGGUCAAAUGGUUGAACCCCAGGAUUCCAAUCUUUCUCGAACAACCGGCGAGGAAUUGCGCUACCUUGAACGUGGUCAUAUUGCAAACCCCGAGGUUCUUAAUGACUACCGGAAGGGUGCCGAGAUCCAUCGUCAGGUGCGGCAUUGGGUUCAGGAGACUGCCAAACCUGGGUAUUCUCUAACAGACCUCGCUGAGGGCAUUGAGGACGGGGUGCGUGCUUUGCUUGGUCAUCAGGGCCUCGAGCCAGGCGAUAGUCUGAAGGGUGGAAUGGGAUUUCCGACUGGCUUGGCCCUUAAUGACUGCGCCGCCCAUUUUACUCCGAAUCCUGGCCAGAAAGAGGUUUUCUUGAAAAAAGAGGACGUCAUGAAAGUGGACUUUGGUGUUCAUGUCAAUGGUUGGAUUGUCGAUUGUGCCUUUACCAUGACUUGGGAUCCGACCUACGAUAAUUUGCUUGCUGCAGUGAAGGAUGCCACUAACACUGGUCUGAGAUCUUCUGGAGUCGAUGCUAGGAUCUGCGAUAUUAGUGCGUCUAUCCAAGAAGCCAUGGAAAGCUAUGAGGUCGAAAUAAACAAAAACGUCUACCCGGUCAAAGCGAUUCGAAAUAUCACCGGUCACAAUAUCAAACCCUACAUCAUCCACGGCGGAAAGUCCGUCCCCUUUGUCAAAAACAAUGACCAAACCAAAAUGGAAGAGGGUGAGGUUUUUGCGAUCGAAACGUUCGGUACUACUGGGAAAGGAAUCCUCAGAGAUGGUGCUGGUGUCUAUGGGUAUGGCAAAAUCCCAGAUGCACCAUCGGCACAUCUUCCCUUAGCCUCUGCACGUUCGUUGUUGAAGACCAUCAACCAGAACUUUGGGACCAUUGUCUUUUGUCGACGCUACCUGGACCGCCUUGGGAUUGACAAAUAUCUUUUGGGGAUGAACAGCUUGAUAUCCAACGGCAUCGUUGAGAUUUAUCACACGCUUGAUGAUAUUAAGGGCUCCUAUACAGCUCAAUUCGAGCAUACCAUUUUGAUCAAGGGGUCCGGCAAUGAGAUCAUCAGCCGCGGCGACGAUUACUAGAUUGCCAACUGUUUCAAAUUGUUAACCAACUUCCGUCGCUCGUUUAUCGAUGUUCUGCUAUUGACUUUUUUCUGUGUUGAGGGUAGAUCUAGUCUGAAAAGAACUAUCCUAAGACACCGAAGAACGUGUGAAAAGCUCAAAACCACCAAAAAAAGGAACCUGCUUCAUUAUUUGAGAUUUUAUCACCACAUAACCACCAAAGUGAAUCAAAUCCCAAGUUUGACACUGACCUUGAGUCCUGCAAUAUUAGACUGCUUAGUAAGCUGUAGAGGGCUGCUUCCGUCGAUAUGAUUGGCCAGUAGUAAAUAUUCUAUAGAAUCGAAAACCAAUGUUAUGAGACGUAAAUAAACAGGCAGGGC